CAAACAUGGAUUUCUCUAUCUUUAUUAUCAGUUGUUUUGUUGGGUAUAAAAACCGGGUCUUGGGUCCAUUCUUCACACUUCAAAAUGAACUCGAAAAUAGUUGUUACACUAGUCUUGGCUUUCUGCCUUGUCCAGGGCAACCAUGCUGAAACCAUCGACGAAGUCAUUGCCGAUAUGACGACCCGAAUUAACGCCAUUAAGACCAACAUCGAUGGUAUCAUCCACGACGGUGGUAAACUAAUCGGCCAGGCCCGGAAAACCAUUGGUACCAUCGUCGCCCAUGCUGAAACCACCAUCUACACCCAAAUCGACCAAGUCAACAAUGUUGUCCAAGAAGCCGAAGCUGAAGCGGCCCAAAAAGUCGUCGAUGUUUCCCAAUGUGUCAAUGUUGUAAACGACGCUCUUGGUGUCCUUGAUCUUCACAAACUGGACGCUUGUAACAAUCAAGAAGCUUUGAACACCUUGAGGGCCAAAUUGGGCAAUUUGGGCCAACUCAAACACCAACUCUCCAGUGCGAUUAAUGGUUGUUUGGCCAAAAAUCCCAUCAAUGUUGUGGCUUUGCGAAACUGUAUUCAAGGGGACAUCGACUCUGUUAACACCCAAGUGGUACAAAUCCAAGAAGAAAUUAAUCUAGUGACAGCAGAAUCGACCCAAAAUGCCCAAAACUGUGCAAAUUCGGCUGCGACAAGUCUGCUUCAAACCAUUGACACCAUCGCCCAUGAUUUCAAGAAUUGUGUAUCUGCUAUUUUGUAAAUUAAGAGAAAGAAAAUAAAAAUUCUUGAUUAGA